UCAAAAUAAUGAUGGCGUCGUCCCUAUGACGUUGAACACUCGUCAUUUGUAGCACCCGUUCACCUCCUCCCGUGUCGUUCGAAAGACGAGUUCGAUUUUUAUUCUAAACUGAACAUUUUGAUUGUUGUUAAGCUCACCUCCCUAACCUUUACAAUGGCGGUGUACGUUAGCAUCCCUAAUGUAAUUGGAAUGACGUUAACGUUAGCUUGCUGGUGUUAUCCGCUACCAUAAGACCCUUCAAUUACGACAGUUAAGGGGGCCACGCCGAGGGAAUAUUCUGCUUUAGUGGAAAUACAGUUGGUUGUUAACACCGAGCAGCUUCGUUCCGUAGGUGUGUAGGAGAUACAUCCCCGCCGCACAGGUGCUCCACUUCGCCCAGGCGCUCCUCUCCGCCCCUCUCCGCCGCUCAUUCGCUCCGCCGAGCGGCCCGGAUGUGGCGCACAGGAGCGCUGCUUGACUGACUAACAUGGCGCUGGCUCGCACGUAACGUUGCCCGCCGUUAUUAUCACAAUCAUGAUCAUCAUUGCACGAUAGGGCCACAAACCACGGGAUAUGUGAGCUGCUCGAUCCGGACGAGCCGGUUUGUCAGGGUUUUCCAGCAUGUUUGGGAAGAAGAAGAAGCGGCUGGAGAUCUCGGCUCCGUCAAACUUUGAGCACCGGGUCCACACGGGCUUCGACCCGCGUGAGCAGAAGUUCACCGGCCUUCCCCAGCAAUGGCAGAGCCUCCUGGCCGACACCGCCAACCGACCCAAGCCCAUGGUGGACCCCUCCUACAUCACCCCCAUCCAGCUGGCGCCCAUGAAGAUAUCUCCCAAGAAGGUCCGGCCGUCCGAAACGCCGUUGCCCAAAACAAUCGUGCGGGGGAACCGGCCGCCCAAAGAUGCGUCCAUUAACGGCCUGCUGGAGGAGUUUGACAACAUCUCGGUGACACGUUCCAACUCGCUGCGCAAAGAGAGCCCGCCGGGGCCCCACCAGGCCGGCGCCAGCUCCAAACCCCCCAUGGGACUUCGCCCCGUAGGCCCCGAGGAGAACGGCUUCAGCCAUUACUACUCACGCUACUCCUGCGACCUGGACGCCUCCAGCAGGGACUACUCUCUGGAUCCCAACAAGCCUGGCUUCUCCAUAGACGGGGACUGGGCGGUGGGACGGCACUAUCGCUUCACCAAACAGAACGGCCACUCGCACCCCAUCCGCAGCCACUUCUACCCUGACGCCAUGCCCCAAAAAUCAGACUAUGGCAAGCUUCCCCCUGACUACCACACCUAUCUGGAGAGCAAGGGGCGCGCCACCGACGAGGUGGCUUCCACUGUGGGGAGCGGGGUGGGCUCCAGCGGCUACUACCGGGCAUCUGUGGGCGGCUCGUCCAGCCAGGACUACCGGGACACAUCAGUAGGGACGCCGUCCCGCGCUUCCCUGCACAGCGAGCAGAUCAACUACCCGGACAGCGAGUGGAGCUACGGGGCCAUGCGGGAUGACUAUGACAAGCGACCCAAAAGCUCCUACGUGAUGCAGACCAGCCCCACGCCGGCGAUAAGGCAACGGUCCCGCUCGGGCUCCGGGCUGCAGGAGCCGAACGUCCCAUACGUGGCCAGCGGGGCCUUCAAGAACCCCGCCCAGGCCCACCCUUACAGCUCCUACACAUAUCCUCGCCUCUCUGAGAGCCUCGCCACCACUCAGACCAUCAGCAAGGGUGAAUACGAGCGACCGUCGCGGGAUGGCAGCCCCCAGGUGGCGUCCGGCGACACCUACCCCCGCGGGCCCCUCAAGCUACCUCAGAACCACGCCAAGCCCCCGGGCUACCCGCCGGUGCACCUGCCCUACCCGCCCGUCUUUCACCACUACAAGCCCUCGCCCUACCACCACCCUCCUUCCCAGCCCAGCCCACCUUACACCCCCCAGGGGGCCUACUCCCAACCUUCGUCCCCCUACAUCCUCCCGGGGGCGUACCCGCCACCCUCCUGGGGUUCCAGCUCCGACACUCAGCCCUCCAGGGUCUCUCACGAGCAGUUCCGAGCCGCUCUCCAGCUGGUGGUCAAUCCAGGUGAGUUGGAAAAGGGCACCUUCCUCUUGUGGCGCGGGCGUCACGGUGCAUGCAUGUGCGUGCGUGCGUGUGUGUGUGUGUGUGUGCACACAUUCUCCCCUUCAGGCGACCCCCGCGAGUACCUGGACAGCUUCAUCAAGAUAGGCGAGGGCUCCACGGGCAUCGUGUGCAUCGCCAGUGAGAAGCACAGUGGCAAGCAGGUGGCGGUGAAGAAGAUGGACCUGAGGAAGCAGCAGAGGAGGGAGCUGCUCUUUAACGAGGUGGUGAUCAUGAGGGACUACCACCACGAGAACGUGGUGGACAUGUACAACAGCUACCUGGUGGGGGACGAGCUGUGGGUGGUCAUGGAGUUCCUGGAGGGCGGAGCGCUCACCGACAUCGUGACUCACACCAGGAUGAACGAGGAGCAGAUCGCCACGGUGUGCUUGUCGGUGCUGAGGGCGCUGUCCUACCUGCACACUCAGGGCGUCAUCCACCGUGACAUCAAGAGCGACUCCAUCCUGCUGACCAACGACGGACGGAUCAAACUGUCAGACUUUGGCUUCUGUGCCCAAGUGUCCAAAGAAGUCCCCAAGAGGAAGUCUCUGGUGGGGACGCCAUACUGGAUGGCGCCUGAGGUCAUCUCCCGACUACCUUAUGGCACUGAGGUGGACAUUUGGUCCUUGGGCAUCAUGGUGAUUGAGAUGGUGGAUGGCGAGCCCCCCUACUUCAAUGAGCCCCCCCUGCAGGCCAUGAGGAGGAUACGUGACAACCUGCCCCCCCGGCUAAAAGAGUCACACAAGGUGUCGUCGGUGCUGCGUUCCUUCCUGGACCUGAUGCUGGUCCGGGAGCCUUCCCAGCGAGCCACGGCCCAGGAACUCCUCCAGCAUUCCUUCCUCAAACUUUCCGGCCCGCCGUCCUGCAUCGUCCCUCUCAUGCGGCACUACCGCCACCGCUGACCUUUGACACUUGCACACAGCAGCCCGCCGGCGCCGCCACUUUGUAAGCGUGACGUAGAAUAGACGUAGACCACAAACGAAGGAAGCCCACCACGAGGUCUGAACGGGACUCCGGGUGUUUUAUGCACCUUCAUGGACCCCAGCACGCCCCACCGCCUUUCCAAGACUGCAGCUGGAUGCGCCAUGGUGGGCGGGGCUUCCCAAGGCUGGGCGUGGCUGCAGACCACAGUGAAAAUGUAUUUUAGAGAAAUUGUAAGAUCUCCUGUAUAGUUUUGAUAAUUUUCAGUAUUUUCUGGCGUGCUUGUCAUAUGAGCAGUAUUCCACCUUUCCUACUCUUUAUAAUCCACUUUUUGCUCAACAACACAAGUAUAAUCUACUCAGAAACACACUUGGACCCUGCCCCGACGCCAUAGAUUAUUGAUGAUGAUGAUGAUGAUGUUUCUCUAUCUUUGUAGACACAACUUCCAUUAAACCUUGGCCAUAUUUCACCUUUCAUACUUUAUACUCUUUUACAUUUUGUAUUCUCUCUCUCCAUCGGUAGUGGGGCCUUUUCUUUUUGGCUUUAUCUUUUUUAUGUUUAAAUAGCCUGAUGGUUAAUAAUAAUAAUAAUAAUAAAUAAACGCACUUUACAUGAAAUGAAUGAUCUCAAAGUGCAAUAGAAGUUACAAUAGAAGAAUGAACGUUAACAGCAAGUGUCCACAAUAACACAAUAAGAACAUCCAAAAUAAGUAGAGCAAUGGAGGUGGAAAUUACCAAAAACGUUAAAUAUGCAUUAAAAUAGACAAGCUAUAUAAAAUCUUUUCUAAAAAGAUAUGUUUUUAAUCCUUUUUUAAAACAGUCUGAUGUCUGUGGCGCCCCCAGAUGAUGCCCCAGCUGCACAAAAGGCGCGAUCGCCCAUAGUUUUGAGCCUGGUCCUUGGAAGCUGGAGGAGGAGACUGAGUGGAGGUUAACAGGGACAUCAUCAGAACAUCCAAAGGUGACGUCAUAUCUUUACGUCAACAUCAGCACAAACAUCACAAAGUUAAGAAUUCCUAUGUUGAACUUAGCAUGACUUACACUAUCAUACGCUAUCGUACACCAUCCACCAUACAGCAUGGAGCAUCACUACAUAGCCUUGAUGAUGGGUGCUGGUGCGACUCUGCUAUACACACACACACACACACACUGAGGGAAUCAGAUGUUUCAGCUAAAAAUGUUUGGCUCAUCCUCAGUGUCAUUGCAUCACCUCCACAUGGCUGCCAUGAAAUCUUCCUUGCAUCCUCACUUUGAAUAAAAAACAAGCAAAGAUGGACCUCCAUCACAAGCUUGUGUUGCACGGCUUCCUCCUUCCUUCCUCCAAAGUCCAGCAGUCCAGCAGCCCAGCAGCCCGCAGCCAAAGAAGAGGCGGUAAUUGAUGAGCUCGUUUCUCCUUCCGUCCUCGGAGCCCCUUUCCCUCCCGCGGCAGCGGCGUAAUGGGAUAUUGAUUGAGGCGGACGACGAGAGGAGACACUCCGGUAAAUAAAUGACAGCGGCAGAAUGUUUACCAACUUAAGUCUUAUACUUUACUUGGCAUGUUGCUUGUAGCUUACUGUUUAUGUACUUUAAAUGUACUCCUUAAAGUAUUCAAGAUGAAUCCUACUGUACACAUUUACAAAAUCACAGGACAGAAUUUAGAAAACAAGUUUAAUAUAUUUUCAAAUAUUAGAAAAACAAAGCUAUGAAAUGAAAUAAUUAGUGGAGGAACUGAGAAGGAACACAUUUGGAUGUCAACCUGUAAACACCCUGGUCUCCAGGAUCAAGGCCUUCAUCGUAAACCAUAAUAGAGGAAAAUUGUGUAUAUCCUUGUGAAAAGUGAAUAGUAGUAUCUUUAUCUUUAGUAUCUGACACCUCGAAUCCUAAAAAGGUACAUACAAGAACCAAAAAUCUGUACUUCUAUGACUUAUUUUCAGGGCUUGCUGAUGUUGUCCAUUUCUUCAUGAUCUUGCAUGACGGUAUCUCGGAGGUUGGCCUUGGCAUGGGCUGUGAGUGAAAAAACACGAAGAACAAAACAUGAGCUCAUGUUAUUCGUAUUCAAGGUCCACAAUGAAGACGCGUCAUGGGGGGAUUAUAUAACGGAUAAUAAUCUUUGCAUAUGAGAAGAUACACCAGCCAUUAAAAGCUGCUCUUUUAUCAUUUGCUUUAGUUUCCUUGAAUGAAUGAGGAGAAAAUACCUCUCAUUGCAUCUAGCAUCUCUUUAACGUGGUCUCCUUCCAGGCUCUUGGUUUCUCUCUGAAGAGCUUUCAGGUUCUUCUGUUUGUGGGCAGCUGCUCCUCAUUGGAGUUGGUCUACUGCACCACGAUACAUGACAACAAAGAAUCAGACGUGGAACUCUAAACUCAUCAAAGUUCAUUUUUAUGCACACACAAAUAAAUAAAACAUGCCAUUUCCAAUGAACUGGUGUCAUACCAAGGUAUCCAUCCAGGUACUGUACCUACCCUUUUUUGGUAGAACUUCAUGAUCCUCCUCUUCCACAUCUUCCCACUGCCUGUUGGGCUCCUCUUCCUCUUGGUUCCUUCUUGCCAGAUAAACUCCUGUCUCUUCUUACAUAGAUCACUGUAGUUCUUUUGCAUAUUGAAACACCUAUUAAAUAUGGA